CUCCCGCUCAGGGCGCGGCGCCGGCGCCCCAUUGGCCUGGGUCGCUCGCUGCGCCCGGAGCCUCCGCAUGUCAUGUCCCGGCUGCGCCUCUGGGACCCACGGCUUCUCUUCACUUGGCAACUGCUGUGGCUGCUGGUCCUGGCAGCUCAGCCUCCGGUGUUGGCCCUGGACCCUGUCCAGCUGACCUCCGACCCCCCGUGGCUGCCCGAGCCCUGGUCUUCGCACUCCUCUGAUUUCACAACCGAAUCACCCCAUGCGCUCAUACCCCCGGCAGACCCAGGGGGCUUUAAUAACCUGGGAUCCCCUGCCGCAGACCAGAUGUUGGCCCUGCCCCAGGAGUUGACUGAGACUUUGGUUCCUUUCUCGGAAACGGAUUCAGAUGGAGACCUGCCCUCAGGGUCAGAUCAAUUUGCUGUUCCACAUCAGGAUCCGAAUGACAAGCUAACCCAGCAUCAGAGGCUCCCACAGGAGGUUCCAAAGCUAAACUGGGAUCAGAAUCAGGCCCUAUCUCUGCCUCCUCAGCUUGAAAGUAAGAUUCAGUCUGCAGAUCUAGGUCAGGCUGUAGAUAACCAUUCACUUGAAAUCCUUGUUCCGCCUCUAAGUAGUGGGAGUUCAAAACCAGCAAAGCUUAUUGUUUCACCCCCAAACCUGAAGCAAGAUCUAGCUCAGCUUUCACGGUAUGCCAAAGUUGUUGGAACUCUAAGCCAAUUGGUAAAAACAUCUCAGCGUCAAGAACAGCAGUUGCAGGAUGAUUACUUAGAUCCCAGUAUGGGUAUCUUUCAUCCUGAGGAGAGCCUACCUAUGGAUUUCAUGCCAGAUAAACCUUCCAAGUCACCUGAAGAGGUUGAAAUUUCUUCCCUGCAAGAAGCCCAAGCUCAUCAUCUAGAGCCUCCUGAGGAGUUUGAACCUUCACUCCAGCAAGAGGCCCUCACUCAGCAUCCACAGUCCCUUGAGGAGGUUGAAUCUUUUUCACCACAGGCAGAGGCCCAGGCUCAGCAGUCUUCUCGGGAAUUGGAACUGCCUUCAGAGCGGGAAAAAUCCCCACCUGGGCCUUUGGAUACCUUUGAAGAGGUUGAACAUUCUUCAGUCCAGCAGGAACCCCCAGCUCGGCGUGCAGAGGCCCCUGAGGAAGUGGAAACUUCUCCAGCCUCAGAGGAGGGAAAUGUUGCAUCUCCAAGUCGGGUUGAAGCGCAGCAGUUACGUUUGCAUGGUGUCACUGUUAAUCUGCAGCUUACUGUAACUCCAACACGCGCUGAGGAGGUUGAACCUGCUCCAGUCCAGAAGGAACCCCUGGCUCAGCCCCCAGAGAGCCCUGAGGAGGCUGAGCCUUCUCCAGUCCAGAAAGAGCCCCCGGCUCAGCCCCCAGAGCGCCCUGAAGAGGCUGAACCUUCUCCAGGCCAGGAGGAGGCAAUGGCUCAGCCUCCAGAGCAUCCUGAGGAGGCUGAACCUUCUCCAGUCCAGGAGGAGCCCCUGGCUCAGCCUCUAGAGCACCCUGAGGAGGCUGAACUUUCUCCAGUCCAGGAGGAGCCCCUGGCUCAGCCCCUAGAGCACCCUGAGGAGGCUGAACCUUCUCCAGUCCAGGAGGAGGCAAUGGCUCAGCCUCUAGAGCACCCUGAGGAGGUCGAACCUUCUCCAGUCCAGGAGGAGGCUGAGCCAUUGCCAGAGCCCCCUGAGGAGGUUGAAUCCUUCCCGCUCCAGCAAGAGGCCUCAGAUCAGUAUGCACAACCCCAUGAAGAGGUCACACCUGCAGUCUUUACCAUUCCAAUGAGUGAUGGAAUAAGAGGAAUUGGAGAUCAGUUUCAAGCUUAUAAAUCAAGCUUGCCCAAAGUUACACUUAAACCCAAGGUUAUAGAACUUACUGUAACUUUAGAGCCUACUAAGGAUAUUGAAUCUUCAACCCAGCAGGAGGUCCCGCCUCAGCUUCCAGAGCCUUUUGGUGCUAUACCUUCUCAAACCCAAGGGGAAUCCUCAGCUCAGCCUCCAGAGCCCCCUAAGGAGGCAGAAUCUUCUCUAACCCAGCAGGAGACCCCAGCUCAGUCUCCAGAGGAGGCAGAACCUUCUGCAAUUCUGCAGGAGCAACCAGCUCCGCCUCCAGAGCCUUCUCCUGGGGAGGUGAAACAAUCUCCAAACCAGCAGGAACAACCAACUCAACCUCCAGAACAUCAUGAGGUGAAAGUUUCAACUCCAUGUCACCAUCAUGCUCAGCAUUCAAACCUGCCCAAUGUUACUAUCAAACCUGCAGAUAUGCAGCUUACCAUAACAGCAGAAACCACUACAGCAGUGGGACCUUCUGUUCAGCAUGAGGCUGAAGCUCAGCCUUCAGUGCCCCUUAAUGCAACCCAGCAGAGGGCCUCAGGUCAGCUUCCACAGACCUCUGAGGAGGGUGAACCUUCUACAACCCAACAGGAAUCUCCAGCUCAGCACCCUCAGGCCCCAGAGGAGGGCGAAACUUCUGCAGCCCCAACUCAGUAUCCAGAGCCCUUUGAAGAGACUGAAGACGUUGAACCUUCUCCAACCCAACAGGAGGCCCCAACUCAGUCUCCAGAGCUCUCUAAGGAAGAUGUAGUUCACUCUCCAGUGCAUCAUACAACAGUUGUUUCUUUAGGUCAGACUCAAGCUCAGCUUCCGAAGUUGUCCAAUAUCACUGUUCAACCUGUGGAUGUGGUGGUUACCGUAACUCCACAGGUCACUAAUGUGGUUGGAACUUCUUCACCCCGACAAGAAUCCUCAACACAGUCUACACUGGCCCCUGAGCAGUUGAAAACUUUGUCCUCCCAGCAAGAGGUUCCAGAUCAGCAUCCAACCCCUGUUAAAAAUGGUAAACCUUGUCCAAUCCAGCAAGGAGUCCCAAAUCAGCCUGAAAAUCUUUCUGAAAAAACUGAGCCUUGUCCAGUCCAGCAGGAGAACUCAACUCAGCCUCCACAAUCCUCUACGGAUGUUGUGACUCAACCUUCAGUACAUCAUGAGGUGACAUCUUCACCUCUAGGUUCGGGUAAAACUCAGCAUACAGUGUUGCCUAAUAUCACAGUUAAAUCCCUGGAUCUGGGGGUUUCCAUAACUCCAGAGACCACUAAGGUAGUUGAACAUUCUCCAGUACAGCAGGAGACCCCUGCUCAAUCUCCAGUUCUCUUUAAUCAGGUUGAAGUUUCUCCAACCCAGUCCAAGUCCCUUUUCCAGUCUUCGGAGUUCUCUAAAAAGGUUGGAUCUUUUCCAGGUCAACAAGAGGCCAUAGCUCGGACUCCAGAUCUUCCUAAAGAGAUGAAACUUUCUUCAUUCCAACAGGAGGCCCUGGCCGAGCCAUCAGAGCCCCCUAAGGAGAUUGAAUCAUCUUCAACUGAACAGGUCUCAGCUUAUCCUCCAAAGCCCACUGAAGAGAUCAAACUUCCAACUCAGGAAGAGGCUCUUCCACAGCCCUCUGAGAAGACAGAAUCAUCUUCAGUCCUGCAGGAAGCCCCAGCUCUGCCUUUAAAAUCCCUUAAGGAGAUGGAACCGUCUCUAACUCAACAGGUGGUCCAGACUCAGCCAUCAGAGCCUCCUGAGAAGAUGGAACCAUCUCCAUCACUGCAGCAGGCCCCACAUCAGUCUCCAGAGACCCCUAAGGAGGAUGUAGUACAAAUUCCAGUCCAUAAUGAGGUGGAAGUUUCAGCUCCAGGACAGGAUCAAGCUCAGCAUUCAAACUUUCCCAGUUUCACAGUUCAACCUUUCGACUUGGGACUUAGCAUAACUCCGGAACCUGCUGCAGAGAUUGAACACUCUACAGCCCUGCAGAAGACUACAGCUCCUCCAAAGCACCCUAAAGUGACACUUCCACAUCCAGAGCAGGUUCAAGCUAAGCAUUCAAAGCUGACUGAAGUCACAAUUCAACCUUUGGACCUGGAGCUUGCCAUAACUCCAGGACUGAUUACAGAGGUUGAACUUUCUCCAACUGUGCUGAAGACCCCAGCUAAGCCUCCAGAGCCAGCUAUGGAGGUCGUAGUUCAGCCUCCAGAGCCACCUAAUGAGGUCGUAGUUCAGCCUCCAGAGCCAGCUAAUGAGGUCGUAGUUCAGCCUCCAGAGCCACCUAAUGAGGUCGUAGUUCAGCCUCCAGAGCCACCUAAUGAGGUCGUAGUUCAGCCUCCAGAGCCACCUAAUGAGGUCGUAGUUCAGCCUCCAGAGCCACCUAAUGAGGUCGUAGUUCAGCCUCCAGAGCCACCUAAUGAGGUCGUAGUUCAGCCUCCAGAGCCACCUAAUGAGGUCGUAGUUCAGCCUCCAGAGCCACCUAAUGAGGUCGUAGUUCAGCCUCCAGAGCCACCUAAUGAGGUCGUAGUUCAGCCUCCAGAGCCACCUAAUGAGGUCGUAGUUCAGCCUCCAGAGCCACCUAAUGAGGUCGUAGUUCAGCCUCCAGAGCCACCUAAUGAGGUCGUAGUUCAGCCUCCAGAGCCACCUAAUGAGGUCGUAGUUCAGCCUCCAGAGCCACCUAAUGAGGUCGUAGUUCAGCCUCCAGAGCCACCUAAUGAGGUCGUAGUUCAGCCUCCAGAGCCACCUAAUGAGGUCGUAGUUCAGCCUCCAGAGCCACCUAAUGAGGUCGUAGUUCAGCCUCCAGAGCCACCUAAUGAGGUCGUAGUUCAGCCUCCAGAGCCACCUAAGGAGGUCGUAGUUCAGCCUCCAGAGCCACCUAAUGAGGUCGUAGUUCAGCCUCCAGAGCCACCUAAGGAGGUCGUAGUUCAGCCUCCAGAGCCACCUAAUGAGGUCGUAGUUCAGCCUCCAGAGCCAGCUAAGGAGGUCGUAGUUCAGCCUCCAGAGCCACCUAAUGAGGUUGUAUUUCAACCUCGAUUGUAUCAGGUGACAGUUCCAGCACCAGGUCAGGAUCAAGCUCAGCAACUAUCGUCACCUAAUGUCACAGUUCAACCUCUGGACCUGGAAUUUACCGUAACUCCAGAACCUCCUGUGGAGGCUGAAUAUUCUACAGCCCUGCAGCAGAUUACAACUUUUCCACAGUACCCUGAGGUGAUGCUUUCACGGUCAGAGCAGGUUCAGGUUCAGCAUCCAACCUUGUCUGAAGUCACAGUUCAACCUUUGGACCUAGAACUUACCAUAACUCCAGAAUCUAAUAUUGAGGUUGAACCUUCUCCAACUAUGCAGGAGAACCCAACUCAGCCUCCAGAACCACCUAAGGAAGAUGUAGUUCAACCUCCACUGCAUCAGGAAGUGACAGUUCCAAUACCACCAACUAUGCAGGAGAACCCAACUCAGCCUCCAGAACCACCUAAGGAAGAUGUAGUUCAACCUCCACUGCAUCAAGAAGUGACAGUUCCAAUACCACGUCAGUAUCUACCAUCACCAGAUGUCACAGUUGAACCUUUGGAACUGGGCCUUACCUUAACUCCAGAACCUAUUACAGAAAUUGAACGUUCUACAGUUCCUCCAGAGUACCCUGAGGUGACACUUCCACAUCCAGAGCAGGUUCAGAGUCAGCAUCCAAACCUAACAGAAGCCACAGUUCAACCUUUGGACAUGGGACUUAUCAUAACUCCAGAAUCCAGUAUCGAGGCUGAACCUUCUCCAAUCAUUCAAGAAACCCCAAUUCAGCCUCCAGAGCCACCUAAUGAGGUUAUAGUUCAACCUCAAUUGUAUCAGGAGUUGACAGUUCCACCUCCAGGUCAGGAUCAAGUUCAGCAUCCACUGUCACCGAAUGUCACAGUCGAACCUUUGGACCUGGGUGUUACCUUCACUCCAGAACCUACUACGGAGGUCAAACAUUCUACAGCCUUGCAGCAGACUGCAGCUCCUCCAGAGUACCCUGAGGUGACACUUCCACAUCUAGAGCAGGUUCAGAGUCAGCAUCCAAGCCUGGCUGAAUUCACAGCUCAACCUUUGGACACGGAAUUUACCAUAACUCCAGAAUCCAGUAUCGAGGUUGAACCUUCUCCAAUCAUUCAAGAAACCCCAACUACAGCUCCCUCUCCAGAACAGCCUGAUGUGACACUUCUACAUGCAGAGAAUGUUCAGAGUCAGCAUCCAAACCUGACUGAAUUUACAGUUCAACCUAUGGACCUGGAUAUUACUGUAACUUCAGGAUCUAAUGUGGAGGCUGAAACUUCUCCAACCAUGCUAAAGACCCCAGUUCAGCCUCCAGACCUGGAGCUUACCAUAACUCCAGAACCUACCACAGAGGCUAAACAUUCUACAGCCCUGACGAAUACUACAGCUCCUCCAGAGUACCCUGAGGUGACAGUUCCACAUACAAAGCAGGUUCAGAGUCAGCUUCCAAACGUGACUGAAGUCGGACUUGCAACUGUGAACCCAAAAGUUACCAUAACUCAGCAACCAGAGUCAUCUGAGACAGUUCUUCCAACGACUGAACAGAAUGCCACCAUAAACAUCGACGUAUGUAAGCUCUGUGCGUGCAAAGAUGAGACGCUGUCGUGUAUUGGUCUAAGCCCAAAGCAGAGGCUCCGCAGAGUGCCUGUGCCAGAGUCCAACAUCUACAACGGCACCUUCACCAUCUUAAAUUUCCAAGGAAACUCUAUUUCUUACAUUGAUGAAAAUAUAUGGAACUCAUACCGUUGGGCUGAGAAACUAAUUCUCAGUGAAAAUCAUUUGAGUGAAUUACAUAAGGAUUCAUUUGAAGGCCUACUAUCCCUCCAGUAUUUAGAUUUAUCCUGCAAUAAAAUACAAUCUAUUGAAAGACGUACAUUUGAACCAUUACCUUUUUUGCAGUUUAUAAAUCUUGGGUGUAAUUUACUCACAGAACUGAGCUUUGGAACAUUUCAGGCCUGGCAUGGAAUGCAGUUUUUACACAAGUUAAUUCUCAAUCGUAAUCCUCUGAUAACUGUUGAAGAUUCAUAUCUUUUUAAAUUGCCGGCAUUGAAAUAUUUAGACAUGGGAACAACACAAGUGUCACUUUCAACAGUUGAAAGUAUCCUCAUGUUGACCCUUGAAUUGGAAAAACUGAUCUUACCUACUCGUAUUGCCUGCUGCCUCUGCAAAUUUAAAAACAGUAUUGAGGUUGUCUGCAAGACAGUCAAACUACAUUGUGAUACUGAAUGUCUGACAAACACCUCAUAUUGUGAUGAAGAAAUAGCCAUAGGGAAUGCAGAAGGGUCAUUCAUGAAGGUAUUACAAGCACGGAAGAAGAACACCAGCACUGAGCUGAUCAUUGAACCAGAGAAGGCAUCCUCAGACAAAAAUGGCAUCAGUUUGUCAGGCUCCAUGAACGAGCAGCUAGACUUUAAUGAUGAAAGUGAUGUUAUUAGUGCACUAAAUUACAUACUGCCUUAUUUCUCAGAGGGAAAUCUAGAAGACGUAGAAUCAAUAUUAUUACCAUUCAUUAAACUCCUUUUUUCAAAUCCACAAGAAAACAGCUUAGCAAAGAUUCAGAGUGUCAGGAAAAGGCUGCUGAGAGUGAACAGGGUCCUCAAGGACCCAAGGGGCAUACAGAAAAGGCACUUCAAAGAAGUGGGAGAUCAGAGCUUCAGGAGGAAACAGAAUGCCCAGCCAAUUGUGGAGAACACAGUCAAAGAAAGAAGACUCAGGAGGCCAUCCCCAAGGGAGCUGGAAUAUCUUCACAUGGUGCACAGGCCCAGGAAAUUGGUGGAAAACUCCUUCAACACAGAGCCUUCAUUCAUAAACAAACAUAAGGCAGCAGUUUCAUCUUUCCUGAAACAAUUCUCAAUGGGCAGGCCUUCAGACUCCACCUAUCCAGGAUCCCUACCUCAGGCUAAAAACAAAUCAAAAGACUUUAGCUACCCUAUUUUCAUUUUAGAAAAUGCACAUGCUAGAGUUAGAAAUAUGAAGGCUUCCGAACUAGUCUCACAUGCCAGAAAGAAACACCUCUUUCAUAAAAGUCGCUCUCAUGUGAUCCAGAAAACAUCCAAGCCCAAAAUGAGUCGAAAGUUCAGAAAGGAAGGUUCACUCCAUCGACUGAUGCUUGCCAAGAGACCUCCGUUCUCUGUAGUGAAGAGCCUCAUAAAUUCCCCUGCACGAGAGUCUUUUUCAUCAUCAGAAGAACUGACAUCUCAGGAAAAUCCAGAUUUUUUUUCUCUUUCAGAAACUGCUACAGAAAAUGCGACUGCAGCAAACAGAACUGCACAAACUGUUUUUGAAGAAAAUGUUCCUAUGGGAAAUAUUACUGUGCCAGAAGAAAUUAUCCCUAAAACCUCUGACCAUGAGAACGUUUCCUCGGCAGAUUCUGCUGUUACUGCCGACAACUUAAUGCCAACUGUUAAACAAACCAAUGAAACUCAGUGGGAAUACCACAAUGUGGGCACCGAUUCACCCUCCACAGCCCAAGGCUUCACUUUUCCAUUUUUCUCAUCCCCUGGUGAUCAAUUUGAAACUCAGCUAAACCAGCAGCUACGGUCCCUCAUCCCCAACAAUGAUGUGAGAAAGCUCAUUUCUCAUGUUAUCCGCACUUUGAAAAUGGACUGCUCUGAGGUCACCGUGCAACUGGCCUGUGCCAAGCUCAUAUCCAGAACAGGCCUCCUGAUGAAGCUUCUCAGUGAACAGCAAGAAGUAAAGGUGGCCAAGGCAGAGUGGGAUACGGAUCAGUGGAAAAAUGAGAACUAUAUCAAUGAGAGCACAGAAGCCCAGGCUGAACAGAAAGGAGGGCAGGAGUUACGCGAGCUCACAAAAGAAGUUCCAGGAUAUGGUUACAACAACAAACUCAUCCUGGCAAUAUCUGUGACUGUAGUGGUGAUGAUUUUGAUUAUAAUUUUCUGUCUCAUUGAGAUUUAUUCUCAUAGAACAGCAUCAGAGGAAGAUAAAGAAGGAAGCUCAAGGGGCUUUUUUCGAUUUCUGCUGCGUAGGAGGUGCUCAGUGGAACGGGAGAAUCAGGAGGGCUUUUUCUGGAGAAGACGGCCGCUUUGGCUUAGGGACAUGUACAGACCUCUUAAUGCCACACGCAAGAAAAACAUGGCCCAGAAACUGCAUGACAAAGAUUCUUCUGAUGAGGAUGAGAUUUUCAAUAAGGAUAAAGGGUAA